CUCGAAUCGAUGUCACGGAAUCGAGGUCGGUACAUCGUAAAUCAGGUGCCAUGGUCGCGAUCGCGUCUUCUUCUUGUUCUUUUUUCUCUCCGCAACUUGCAUGUUGUCAAGAGUCAGGUCUGGGAACCCCUUGGCUGUCGGGCGUCUCGGUCGUCUUGCAAAGUUUCGAUCUCGGUCUUCCUCAUCACCGAACGCAAUGGGGAAGCAUCACUUGAUGGUCGGUACCUGGACGCCGCCAGGAGCUAUAUUCUCCUUUGAAUUCGACGACGAGACGCUGGAACUGAACAUGAUCAAACGGACGGAAAUCCCCAGGGACGAACCGAUAUCAUGGAUGGCAUUGAGCCACAACAAGAAAGCCAUCUACGGCGCCAGCAUGAAGAAGUGGUCGUCGCACGCAGUGAGGAGCCCUACCGACAUCUCGCACACGGCCUCGCAUCCUAUGACGCACGAUCCGAAAGCCAUGGACGCGAGCACGAGAACCCGUGCAAUCUUCCUGCUGCCGGCUAAGAAGCCGCCGUACCAUGUGUACUGCAAUCCCUUCUACGAGCACGCCGGCCUCGGCUCCGUCUUCUCGACGGACAGCGAAGGCGCGCUCAAGGAGUGCAUCCAGAACUACGAGUACGCCCCCGACUCGGCCAUCCACGGCAUGGUCUUUGAUCCCCAGGAGCAGUAUCUGUAUUCGGCGGACAUGUGGGGCAACAAAGUGUGGUGCCACAAAAAGGACGCCGAGUCUGGCAAGCUCGAGUUGGUAGGAUACGUGGCGGCGCCAAAGGAGCACGAUCAGCCCCGCUGGGUGGCCAUGCACCCGACUGGGAAGUACUUGUACGCUCUGAUGGAGCACGGAAACACGCUCGCCGAGUACGUGAUCGACCCGCGCACAAGGCUGCCGGUGUACACGCACAAGUCCUAUCCGCUCGUGCCAAAAUUUUUGGUGCAGAGGUCGCCCAAGAUGUACCGGGCGGACGUGUGCACCGUCACGCCGUCCGGAAACUACCUGUUUGCGACGUCGCGCAGCAACAAGGCCGGCGUGUCAGGCUACAUCUCCGCCUUCAAGCUCUCUGCGGAGGGCUCCAUCGAGCGUCAGAUGUGUCUUUCGCCGACGAGCACCAGCGGCGGGCACAGCAACGCCGUGGCACCGUGCGACUGGAGCGACGAGUGGAUCGCCCUGACCGACGACGAGCAGGGCUUUCUCGAGAUAUACAGAUGGGACGGCGAGUGGCUCGCUCGAGUCGCUCACUGCGACGUGAAAGAGCCUGGAUUUGGUAUGAACGCGGUGUGGUGGGACUGAAGGUGGGCCAAAAAAAAAAGGAAAAUUAGCGAUCGAAACGAGGGGUAUAUAUAUAUAUAUAUAUAUGUUUAUAUUUAUUUAUUUCUUUUCCGC